AUGGGAAAUACUUUUAAUAAAUUAAUAAAAAAUUAUAGUAAUUCAGAAAAAAAAAAAAAUGAAUAUAAACUUGGUAAAGUUUUAGGAUGCGGAUCUUUUGGGGUUGUGAGAGAAUGCAUUAACAAAGAAACAAAAGAAGUGUAUGCUGUGAAAAUAAUUAAAAAAAAAAAAAAACAUAAAAAAAAUUGUAAUUUUGAAAAAAUGGUUAAAAAUGAAAUAAAAUAUUUAUCUAUAAUGAGCCAUGAGAACAUUAUAAAAUUUAAAGACUUUUUUGAAGAUAAGAAAAAAUUUUACAUAGUUUUAGAAAAAUGUGAAGGAGGAGAGUUAUUUUAUAAGAUUGUUAAAAAUAAAUGUUUAAUGGAAAAUGAAUCAGCUUUAAUUGUUAGGCAGAUUUGUUGUGCUUUGGAAUAUUUACACUCAAAUAAUAUUAUUCACAGAGAUAUAAAAGCGGAAAAUUUUUUAUUCAAAAAUAAAAAUACGAAAAAUAUAAAAUUAAUAGAUUUUGGAAUGGCUAAAAAGGUUAAUUGUGAAUAUUUAACUGAAUUAUGUGGAUCACCUCAUUAUAUUUCACCUGAACUUAUAAGAAAAAAAUAUACAAUAUCAUCAGAUAUUUGGGCAUUAGGUGUAAUGGUUUUUUUCAUGCUAACAGGAAAAUACCCUUUUGAAGGAAAAAACACACCAAAAGUUGUGGAUGAAAUAUUAAACAAAAAUAUAAACUGGAAAAGCAAAGAAUUUUCUUCAUUAUCAAUUGAGGCUGUAGAUUUUUUAAAAAAACUUUUAGAAAGAAAUGAAAAAAAAAGAUUGACCGCAUAUCAAGCCCUUAAUCAUCCUUGGAUAAAAUCACAAAAAUUAAAUUAA